AUGACAUCUCAAGCAACACAAGAAACCCUUGUACCUGUCUUUGUAUCUUAAGAUGAAUACAACUAAAUUCUCUAGCAGCCUUCUUACUUGCACCAAUAAUUGUUAUAAGAACUAUAUCAAAAGAAAUAAUAGUAAACUUAGUUACAAGCAAACUUGCAAAUACAUCCUUAUUUGUAAUUACAACAAUAGACUCUUAAUCAAUCACAAAACUAGAAUGUAUCAAUUAACAUACCAAAAAUACCUACUAGUCCUAACUAAUAUUCUUAGCCUUAGGGAUAUCCAUAUCAAAAUUAAUAACUUCAAUAAUAGUUAUUAUACUAGAAUCAAAAUUAAAUUUAAAACUAGAAUACUGUUCCUAUAGUAUAAAAAUAGCACUUGAAACAUGCCUCAAUUCAAAAAGCUGGAACCUAAGAACGUAAAUUUUUUUAUGAAUCGUUCACUUCUUUGUUUAUGGUUGAAAUAUGUAUUUCGCUAUUUCUUAAUACUAUUUCUGCUUUAUUCCGUAUAUAAGUGGUUACAAGUAACUAUACUUGGGGUCCUGGAUUAUGGGCAAUUUUAAUAUUAUUCAUACUAUUGAAUUUGUUCAUCAUAACUAAUUCAACAUAUAUGACUCAAGGUAACAAUCAAAUGACGUUAUAUUGGAUACAUGUAGUUCUAUAUGUUUGGCUUUUGUAAGGAAUUUAAACAGCUGUUUCCGGCAGUGAUAGAAUCUUUUCUUGGGACACCAACUAUUUCUACUACUUUUACCUUUUAAUUUGUGUUGAAUUCAUUUCAGUCAGAUACGCAAUCAAAUACAAGGGAGUUAUGAAACCUAUCAAAGAAUAUGUCAGCUACUUAAUCUUCCCACCAAUAAUUGCUUACUCUGCAGAAUUCUUCAGUCAGUAUUAUCGCUUUUUCUAUGUCCCAUUAUUUUUAUGGCUACUCAUAGUUAUCCUUAUAGGAUUUGGAUGCAUUUUACUUAUAAAAAGACUCGUUUAAAAAGGAUAUAACAACUUCAAGACUAACCAUGUUUUUGCUAUGGCCAUAAGUUUUCCUAUUUUAAUGAUUAGUCCAUUCUAUGAUGAUGAAUGA